AUGACCACGCCGGGAAUUCGAAUCGCUAUUGACCGCGGGGGCACGUUCACCGACGCCUGGGCUCAAAUCCCCGGACAAUCCUCAGAUAUCAUCUUCAAAGUGUUGUCUGAAUCUCCACAGCAAUAUGAGGAUGCACCUACAGAAUGUAUCCGGCAAAUUCUCGAGAUUGCAGGCGGAUCACCUAUUCCGCGGGGAACAUUGUUGGACCUCAGCCCUGUCGAGUCCAUCCGCAUGGGCACAACAGUGGCCACCAAUGCACUGCUAGAACGCAAAGGGGAGCGGGUUGCCUUGUUGAUCACCAAGGGAUUUCGGGACUUACUUAAGAUUGGAAACCAAGCCCGCCCUAAUAUCUUUGAUCUGUCCGUGCAACGCCUCACCCAGUUGUACGAGACUGUAGUCGAGAUCGACGAGAGAGUGACGAUCGAGGGAUUCUCGGAGGACCCUGAGCCAAAGACAAUUGGCAUUGACUCAGACCCAGCCCUGAAAGUCGGAUUAACAGGUGAAGCUGUGCGUGUCUUGCGAUCCCCGGACCUGGACGCAGUUCGAAAAGACCUACUCGCUGUCUGGGAGCAGGGCUAUCGCUCUGUCGCCGUUGCGCUGAUGCACUCCUACACAUUCCAAGAGCAUGAGAUUGCCGUAGCAGCCAUUGCGAGGGAGCUUGGGUUCAAAGUGGCCGUAUCAUCUGAGUUGCAGACUAUGGCUAAGCUGGUCCCCCGCAGCCAGUCGGCGGUGGCUGAUGCUUACCUUUCACCGGUGACUGAGCAGUAUUUGAAGGGAUUCCGGAAGGGUUUCAAGGGCGGACUGGAAGAUGAACAUGCCAAGAAGGUUUUCGUGAAUCAAUCAGAUGGAGGAUUGACCUCUAUCACGAACUUUUCCGGUCUACGGGGAGUGUUGAGCGGGCCAGCUGGUGGUGUGGUUGGCAUGUCAAGGACAUGCUACGAUGAAGAAGAUUGCACGCCCGUGUUGGCAUUUGAUAUGGGCGGUACUAGCACUGAUGUUGCCAGAUAUGAUGGUGCCCUACAGCAUAUUUUUGAAAGUACCAUCGCGCAAGUCACUAUCCAGACCCCCCAACUUGAUAUAAACACUGUCGCAGCAGGAGGCGGAUCGAUGCUCUUUUGGGAAAAUGGUCUUUUCAAAGUUGGCCCUCACAGUGCCGGUGCCUACCCAGGUCCAGCGUGCUAUGGACAAGGAGGCCCGUUGACCGUGACGGACGCCAAUCUCUUCCUUGGAAGAAUUAUUCCUGAUGAUUUUCCAAUGCCUCUUGAUCUCACUGUUGUCAAGGACAAGUUCUCCGCCCUCACGGCUGUCAUAAAUAGUGAGAAAGAUGGCUCGCCCCAACUGACCUCUGAAGAAGUGGCCGUCGGAUUUAUUUCAAUCGCAAACGCGACCAUGUCCCGACCUAUUCGCACUCUGAGUGAAGGUAGAGGGUUUGAAGCUGCCGCCCACAAUCUGUGCUGCUUUGGAGGUGCUGGUGGCCAGCACGCUGUUGCUAUUGCCAGAGACCUUGGUAUUAGAAGAGCUCUCAUCCCUCGAUAUUCUAGUAUAUUAUCGGCUUAUGGCAUGGCUCUUGCUGACGUUGUAGUCGAAAACCAAGAGCCCGAAGCUACCUCAUUUAGUGUGGAAGCUAUCCCCAGACUAGAAGAGAGAUUCGAGAGAUUGAAAGAUGCCGGUGUCGCCGGCCUUGUUUCCCAAGGCUUUUCGAGUACGCAGAUUUGCCAUGAACUCUUCUUAAACAUGCGAUACCAGGGCAGUGAUACAGCAUUGAUGAUUCAAAAACCAGAAAUCGUGUCCAAAUUUGAUCAAGCAUUUAUUAAUCGCCAUCAGCAGGAGUUUGGAUUCACCCAACCGCGAGAGAUCCUGAUCGAUGAUGUUCGCGUGCGGAGCAUUGGGAAAGGGAUGGACGUCACGCUUUCUAGCCCAUCAGCGGAGCUUAAACGUCUCGCAAAAUCUCCUCCUGCAACCCCGAUCAAACCAAGCCGGAACACUCAAGUCUAUUUUGAACAGGUUGGCUGGGUUGAAGUUGGCCUCUAUUCGUUGAAGAAUCUCUCAGUUGGCACUCGUAUCAACGGACCUGCCAUGGUCAUCGACAAAACCCAAACUAUCAUUGUUGACCCUGCGAGCGAGGCUAUAAUUCUCCCCGAGCACGUCGUGAUAGAUAUUUCAGGGACGGAGAAGCCUCAAAUUAGCACGGAUGCUGUCGACCCGGUGCAGCUUAGUGUCUUCGGUCAUCGUUUCAUGAGUGUCGCGGAGCAGAUGGGUGAGACCAUGCAAAAAACAUCAGUUUCGGUGAAUAUUAAAGAGCGAUUGGACUACUCAUGUGCUGUAUUUGCGGGAGAUGGUAGCUUGGUUGCGAAUGCGCCCCAUAUUCCCGGUCAUCUGGGCUCGAUGAGCUAUGCGAUCGCGUAUCAAGCCCGUCGCUAUAACCCCGGUGAAUUGAAGCCUGGCGAUGUGCUUCUCAGCAAUCACCCUAGCGCUGGUGGUACUCAUUUGCCAGAUCUGACCAUUACAACGCCUGUCUUUGAUGACGACGAAAAUCCGACGAAAGUUCUCUUCUUUGUUGCAAAUAGAGGGCAUCACGCAGAUAUUGGUGGUAUUCAGCCUGGUUCCAUGCCUCCUCAUUCUACCGAGCUCUGGCAAGAAGGUGCCGCAGUGGAAUCUUUCAAGAUCGUCAAAGAAGGAGAUUUUGACGAACCGGGUUUAAUCGAAGUCUUGGUCGAUAUCCCUGCGUCAUAUCCAGGGUCUAGUGGUACCCGCACACUUCGCGACAAUAUCGCCGAUCUCAAAGCUGCCAUUGCUUCUAAUAACAAGGGGAUCAAUCUGAUAAAAGCCUUGAUUAAAGAAUACACGUGGCCAGUGGUUGAAUAUUAUAUGAAAGCAAUUCAAGACAAUGCUAGUCAAUCGACUCGUGAUCUACUCAAGAUAAUCGCUCACCGAUUUGAAGGGCAACCCCUCGAAGCGGUCGACUACAUCGACGACGGGACCCCAUUAGCUUUGAAGAUAACGAUUGACCAAGGCUGUGGAGAUGCUAUUUUUGACUUUACAGGUACUGGACCAGAGCAUUUUGGCAAUUUGAAUUGCCCUCCGGCCAUUAUGUACUCCGGGAUCAUGUAUUGCCUUCGAUCAAUGAUAUCAUCCGAUAUUCCAUUGAAUCAAGGCUGCCUCAAACCUAUCAAGUUAAUCUGCCCGCCCAACACUCUCUUAUCCCCGUCACUUAAAGCGGCAACAGUGGGAUCUAAUGUCGAAACGUCCCAGCGUAUCGUGGAUUUGAUUUUUAAGGCAUUCCGUGCUGCAGCUGCCUCACAGGGUACCUGCAACAAUCUCACCUUUGGAUAUGGUGGCACAGACUCAACCACCGGUAAAGUCAUAAAAGGCUUUGGGUACUACGAGACUAUCGCCGGCGGGGCCGGGGCUGGAGCAGAUUGGGAUGGUGAAAGUGGUGUGCAUACGCACAUUACCAACACGCGCAUAUCUGAUCCAGAGAUAUUCGAAAGAAGAUAUCCGGUCAUUCUGCAUGAGUUCUCUAUCCGCAAAGGUAGCGGUGGUGCGGGUCGACACCAUGGCGGCGAUGGAUGCAUUCGCGAUAUCGAGUUCCGGCUGCCUAUGCAAGUAUCGAUCUUGUCCGAGAGACGUGUGAUUGCUCCGUAUGGAAUGGCUGGCGGCGAAGAGGGCAGUCGGGGCGUUAAUCUUUGGUUGAGAAAAUAUCUGGAUGGAACCAGUCGUUUAAUCAGCUUGGGUGGAAAAGCAACGACCCACAUGAAUGCUGGUGAUCAUAUCAUCGUGCAGACACCUGGUGGUGGUGGCUAUGGUCGCAACCCAAUGAAAAAAGAUAAAGAGUUCAUGGAUAUCUUCAAGAUCAAAGAGAAGUUCGUUCCUGGUUCGGCACUUCUACGGACACAAGGGAGUCUGACGGAGAAGAACUCGACGGCCACAGGUAAUUAG